UUAAGGCAACAUUAAUGGAGACUCAGCAAACGUUAGAGUGGGGUGAAGCCCAGAAUAUCGUCUUAAGCCAAGACCUCGUAGACACAGCAAAACAACAGCUUCUGUUCCUGGCAGAGGUUGAUAGGAAUCGAUGCCUAUAUGAUGGCCCAGUUUUACUCAGAGCUAAUUACAGGUAUAAAUACUGUUGGCUUCCUUUACUAGCCAAGCAUGCUGAGUCACCUGUGACAGAAGACCCUUUGGUUGUGCCUUUUGAUUGUGAAUGGAUUUGGCACUGUCAUAGGCUUAAUCCGGUGCGCUACAGGACUGAUUGCAUGGAACUAUAUGGGAGAAUACUUGAUGAUUGGAAUGUGUUAUCUUCAAUUCAGGGAACCAGUCAAGAGGAAACUAAAAAAAUCUGGGAGACAAUGUAUCCAAGUGAGCCUUAUGAACUUGAUCUGAACAAUGACUCAUUGCAAGAUUUUGAUGAAAAUUUCAUGGGAGCCCCAGAAAGUACCACCAAGUAUAAUCUGAGUUCAGCUGUUAAAAGACAAACUACUUUCUUCUAUCAGGUUUCCAGGCCUCAUUGGAGUGAUGAUACUUUUCUUGAAGGAGCUGUGGCCCGAUACAAGGGGUUUCUGCAUUUGAUCAAGAGGAAUAGAGAGAGGUCUAUAAGCCGGUUCUGUGUUCCAACUUAUGACAUUGACCUCAUCUGGCACUCUCACCAAUUGCAUCCUGCAUCUUACUGUGAAGAUCUAAUGGCAAUUAUGGGCCAAGUAUUAGAACAUGAUGACACCGAUUCUGAUCGGACCAAGGGCCAAAAGCUUGAUGUUGGGUUUUCUGAAACCACCAAACAAUGGGAAGAGACAUUUGGUUCAAGAUACUGGAAAGCAGGAGCAAUGCACAUGGGUCGUCCCCCUUCUCCUCUUAAUGUUGAUAAGUACAAAAUAGAUGCUAUGCACAACAGUUCAGCUCCAUCCAAUAAAAACCAGAACCUGAUGCAGAUUCCACAGAAAAUGCUUGUGGAGGUGAUGCUUGAGAUUGUUGAUGUGAGAGGCUUACCAUCCACGAAUAAGGGCAAGCUAGUUGUAUCUUUCAAGAAGAAACAGGAAGAUACAUUUUUCAAUAUCAAGAAACAAGUGAGCAUUUCCUCACAGUCAGAAGGGAAACAAGUUGCUGUUUUCCAAUGUGAAAGUAGUGGAGAGUUAGUCUUUGAACUCAUUUUCCGUCCAAGUUUCAACUUUCGAUUAGUAAGGCCAGCCAAAAUAUUGGGAAAAACUUCAAUCAAUCUGGAGGAUUUGCAAAAUGUAGCGUCUAAAUUGCCAGUAGAAGACUGGUUAGAUUUGACAUCUGCAGUUAACUGGUCGAAGCCUAUUAGUAUUCGCAUUGGUUUCUCUUUAACUCCUCCAGUUCCAGCACCAUAUGAGUUGCACAUGGUUUCCACGCCUCCAUUCAUAGGAAGUUAUUUUUCCUUCCUGCUUCCAAGAAAGUUCCAGCAAAUAAAAAAUUGGACUAAUAUUGUGGAUGAGGCUGGCAAUGUGAUCAUCAGCAUCCAGACGCGGAACUUGACAACUGAGAAGACGAAGAUUAAUAAUAUCAAUAAAGAAGUGAUUGGCAGGACUGCAUCCGGCGAAACUCACGUUCUUGCAGAGUUAAAGGGAACAAUGUGGUCUAUGUUGAACUCUGACUGGAUGUUACAGAUAAAGAAAACCAGUGAUGAAGAUAAACAUGUAUUUGAGCUCACAGGCGCUCGGAAGGUGAUUAUUUUUCCCGGUAGAAAAUUGGAGUUUGAAACUCGAUACUACGGAAAUGAGGAAGGAAACUGCUUCAUGACAGCAGUCGAAUUCUCUCCAAAAGAUCCCAAUGGAAAAGCAGUGGCUUUGAUGGAUUUAGCAUAUGGAUUUCUAGAGGUCAAGGAAGAGUGGCUACUAUUGCCUGCGAUAUUAUCUGCAUUUGUUCUCUCUAAUUUUCCUGAUUUCAGUAAUCAGGAGUGAGGAAGCAAAUGGGAAUAAUUCAUGCAAAGAAAAUCAGAAAAGCUGCAGAAAAAUACAGAUGGAAUCCUUGAAAAUUUUAGGAUCCUUUCCUCAACAAAAGCAUACAUAUCCAAUAUAAAGUUUUUGGAAGUUUAGACCUAUUUACGAUAGGAUGACUUUAUAAACG